AUGUCACCUUGCCGGUUGAUUUAUGGUAAAGCAUGUCACUUGCCGGUUGAAUUAGAGCACAAAGCAAGUUGGGCAAUCAAAAAGCUCAAUUUUGAUCUUGACAAAGCGGGAGAGAAGAGGAAGCUUGAUUUAUGUGAGCUUGACGAAAUCCGGAUGGAGGCUUAUGAGAAUGCAAAGUUGUAUAAAGAAAGAAGCAAGCUUUAUCAUGACAAGAAGUUGGUGAAGAAGGAAUUUCAUGUGGGACAACUUGUUCUUCUCUACGAUUCAAGACUCAAGCUUUUUCCCGGAAAACUUAGAUCAAGGUGGAGUGGUCCAUUUGAAGUGGUGCAAGUUUUUCCCCAUGGAGCUAUCGAAAUCAAGAAUCUAAAUAAUGAGAGCACAUUCAAAGUCAAUGGUCACCGGUUGAAGUCAUAUCUACAAAGUGGCAUUUUGGCAGUUAUAUCCAAAAUCUUUCAAUUUUCUGGGUUUAUGAGUGAUUUUUCGUGCUUCUCUUGCUUCUUGGUGAAUUUGAAAUGCAUUUUGACGUUUUUGGCUCUCUUCAAGUGGUUGUAA